AUGUGGGUUGAUCCACCAUCUGUCGAUGUUUCUCCGUCUCUUUUAACACGUCCACAACAACAAUGUUUUCCAUCGCCUCAUUUUACAAUUCCAUUUCCACCUCCUCUUGUUUGUUCUUCAACUCUGCAACCAUCAUUUUCAAUAUCUAAUUCUAUUGUUGCACCCAAAACUCUUUCAUUUGUUUAUCAGCCAGGUGUGGGUUUAUAUGAUAAAAAAUUAGCCGUACAACAAGAGUCAAAAGAUGAAGAUUUUAGAAUAUCGAUAAUUGGAUCACCACUACAUACCAUCGAAACAACAACGGGAGAUGUUGAUGAAAGAUUCAAUAUACGAAAUGAAAGUGAAAUGAGUUUAGAGAUUAAAACCAACUUUACCGAUGAUAGUGUAAUGAGUACUAGUCUUAUGGGAUCUUCACCUAAUAUGACAUUUGAAUCUGAUACGGAUCAUCGUUGGGAAGUUGCUCCUUUAUCUUCAAUUAGUGUUCAACAACAACCGACAAUAAAAACUACAACAAUUUCAUCAUCACAUCCAAAUUAUUAUAAAUCAUGUUUAAGACGUCAAAAUGAACAGCAACAUAUUCCAACUCUUCAUUUGUCUCGCAUUCCAGAAACAAUUCUUGGACAACAAACAUCUCCUCGUUCUUCAUCAAUAAUUGUUCCUGUUAGUCCACCAUCAUCGAUUCACACUCAACUUUCAACUACAUCUCAACAAUUGUUUAUUGACGAUGAGGAAUUUAAUGAAACACCGCCAUCAUCGCCGAGAGUCAAAAAUUCAAUAUUGAUCAAACGAAAAUCAAAUGAAUCAUAUGAUUCUUCACCCCAAUCUUAUAUGACCAAUCUCGAUAAGCAUAUUGAAUCUUCUCAAUCUGAACAAAAACGUUCUCCACCGUCUGCCACAUUCGAUACAACGUCAGAUAUGCCCACGAAUUCUUCAUCGAAUACACAUUAUCAUCAACAUCAUCACCAUCAUCAUGUUCAAAUGUUUAAUAUUCAAAAUUCAAGCAUAAAUAUAUCAACAGAAGAAAAUAAUUUACAAUCUGUAGUCAAUCUCAAUACAUCAUCAUCACAAGAGCAGACAACUACGGAACAAUCUUCGACAAAUAAUAAUUAUGAAUGGAAUAAACAAGAAAUGCAAAAUGGCAGGUAUUUUCAGCAAACUACACCUCGGUUAACAGACUAA